AUGACUGACGAAAAGCAAAGAACCACGGCGGUUCAGACCAUCGCCGCGGUCUUCCUGCCUAUCGCCACUAUUACGGUGAUGCUGCGCAUCUAUGUGCGUGGAUGGAUCGUAAAGGCAUUUGGAUGGGAUGAUGGAAGUAUGGUGAUUGCAUUGUUAUUCUACGCCAUGUUCUGCGGAACCAUGAUUGGAGGCUCGAUUUAUGGCACAGGCGUUAUGUUCGAACACCUCACUCCCGACAAUCGUGUUACCGCAAUGAGAUUCUGGUGGCUCUGCGAGAUCGCCUAUUGUCUCGCCUCCGUUGGAUGCAAGAUCUCCGUCUGCAUCUUCCUGAUGCGCAUAACUAUCAAACCCCUCCACAUCUUCAUUCUCUACACCGUCAUGGCCUUGACUGUCAUAGCAGGCCUGGUUUUCAUGUUCCUCAUGCUCCUCCAGUGCAGGCCCUUGGAAUUCUUCUGGACUCGGCUAUACAAUGCGCCUACGAUAGCUCACCUAGACGAUCCUAAUCUUCCUGUCAAGGGCUCAUGCAUCGAUAUGAGUAUCAUCGUCAACAUGACCUAUGUGUACAGUGCAUUUGCCGCACUGUGUGAUUUCACCGUCGGCUUGUUGCCCAUCUUCCUUGUGCACAAUCUUCACAUGAAGCGCCAGACCAAGAUCGCCGUCAUGGCCAUUUUGAGCAUGGCUUGCAUUGCUUCAUCUGCGGUUAUCGUCCGUGUUCCCUUUGUCAAAUCAUUCUAUGACCCCGAUUUCCUCUACGCAACAUACCAAAUUGCCAUCUGGUCCAAUGUCGAAGCAGGCCUAGGAAUUACAGCCGGUAGUCUUGCAACCCUCCGACCCCUCCUCCGAAUCUGGACGGGCUCUCGCUCAGACCCAGAUUACUCCACUGGAUUCCCGGGCGGACGCUCACGGUCUGCAUCACGUCCGUUGGGUGGCAGUGAAAAUCGCCCUUUCCCUUUAGGCUCGCUUGAUGAGAGCGGGCAGUCUCACCUGAGACCAGAUAAGCUUGCUGUUACUGUCACGACUAUCAAGAGCCAAAGGGAUCCUGAUGAUAGCUAUGGCACGAGUCCGACCAGCAGCGAGGAAAGGCUGACUAUUGAUCGGCCCUCGCCUCGGUUGCCGAAUGAUAUAGGGUUGGGGAUUCAUCGCACGUUUGAGGUUACGCAGACUUCAACGGAUAGGCAUGAUACUGAAAGAUUUGCGAGGGAACAUGUAUAA